AUUUCAUUCUCCAAAGCUCAUUAGUGCCGUGAGCGCUCUUCAGCUGUGCCGUGGGAAGUUAUUCAAUUUUAUGUAACUUCUAAAAAAAAAAAACAUUUAUUUCCAAGAAAUAAUGUAUCAUUGGUCAUCUAGUUAUGCCAGUGGGGCACAAUGACAGACAGAACAAAAAAAUCAUCAGGAAGCACAUCAAGUAAUCAAUCUACCCAUUUUUGAUGACAUUUACUUUUGUCGGUGUGCCGUGGGAUUUUUCAACUGUAAAAUAUGUGCCUUGGUUCUACAAAGGUUGGAAAUCACUCCAUUAGAGAUUAUUUCCAAUGUUAUCGUCCACAUAUAAAUGUAUGUGUAGUAAAAUGUGAUUCGAUAAUCAACAACGGAAUGUGCACAAAAAAAAAAGAACAUGGAACGGAAGUUGCAGGUGACUAAUAAUAAUAAUAAUAAUAAUAAUACAGUGCACCAUACGUAAUCAUAAAAAAAACCGAAAACAGUAAUAGAACACCGCCAUCGCGUGGACAAAAGUUAGUGUGAGCAAGAGUAGUUACUGAAUUAAAAUCGAAUAAAACAAGCAUGGAAUCAAGACACAAAAUAGAUUAAUUGCACAACAAGCUUUUUAUGACUCUUGAUUGAACAAAUAUGUAAACGACGACUUCAUCCGGAGAUGAAGAGCUGUCAGCUUCACAGUUGUUACAGAAAAACAUUUAAAAGACGAGCGCGCACACGCACAAAGGGGAAGUGACGUCAACGAGGCAGUUAAACGACUCGACUUACGAAGUUCACUUUUAGUUGAGUUGAGUUUCAAAGAAGCCCAGCAAAUGGAGUUCAAAUUUCGAACAGGUUUUGCAAUUUACAUUUACAAAUAAAUCAGUGCAAGCAUAGUGAUUUUUUUUUUCUCCCCCCGUCGGUUUUGUACUGAAAGUGGGAUGGGGCAAAAAGACUUCAACCAAUCAGCUGUAGGAACGUUGACGACAUCCCCAGCAGUAUGGCGCCACCUGCUGACUAAAAAUUGAAUUGUUUGUUAAUUGAUGUUCAGUGUUGGCUGCGACGUUUCAAUCUUUUCGUUUAUGUCGAUUAAAUUGUGAAAAAGUGACGUUUUAAUAUUCCAAAGCAUGACUCGUCGUCGAUGAAGACCCGAGCCCAGCCUAGCCCAGCCCAGCCCAGCCCAUCCCAUCCCAUCCCAUCCCGUCUUGACAACGAAACCGAGCCGCGGCACCGCAAUGCGGCGGCGUGCUUUAGCCGAGUCAUGGCGAGCGCGUGCGUCUCCCUCCCGUUUGGGUCCUCUGCAGGGCACUUAGCCGCAUUAGCAUUAGCAUUAGCAUUAGCGGCUAACCGCCUGAGCGAGCUCCGUCUGUCCUCGGAUGACCCGCCCCGCCCAUCUCUGUGUGUCUGCCUGCAAGUGCGCGCCUGGCUUGUCGCCGUACUGCAGCUGUAGGACGAGGAGCGCACAGGAGCACGCCAUGGAUGCCAGACAUUCAGGUGGCGACAGCAGCACCGAGACCAGCAUCACGACCAGGAGCUGCCCUCCCUAAGCCCGCCUGCAACAUGGCGGAGUCCAGUCUUCAGUUUUCGAUCGGCGACUUCGGCAGUAGCGUUCUGAGCAGCCUGAAUCAGCAAAGACUUCUUGGACUCCACUGCGACGUCUCCAUCCUAGUCCAGGGUCAGGUCUUCAAGGCCCACCGCGCCGUCCUGGCCGCGUCUUCUCUUUACUUCCGAGACCUGUUCAGCGCCGAGUCGUCCGACUCUUUGGAGUGGUCCCGGUCUACGUAUGAGCUUCCGUCCUCGGUGACGCCAUCUUGUUUCCGGCAGAUCCUGACCUUCUGCUACACGGGCUGUCUCAACAUGGUCGCCAGCGAGCAGUUGGUCCUGAUGUACACGGCCGGCUAUCUGCAGGUCCAGAAUAUUGUAGAGAGGAGCCUCGAACUCAUGAAGACCAAUACCGCAUCCUCGUCGCCGUACUGCUGCGACUCCCAGACAACUUCAGCAGACGAGCUCGGACCUUUAGACCGGUCUUUGGUCGAGCUCCGGGGUUCCAGCCCGGACCCGUCAUCCAUGAGUCCAGAGGACCUAAUGUUGGCCGUGAGCCGGAUCAAACAGGAACGUCUGGACACACCUCCUGAGAACUGCACGGGAACAAUUCCAGAAGAACUGGAUGCCAGAGCUGACUUUGCAGGGGCACUCCGGACCACGAGAGAGGCUGCCGUUUGUUACCUGGGUGCAGCUGGGAGUCUGGUCCUGGGACUGCAGUCCUACUUCCUGGCAGGCGGGGGGCGUCGUAGUUCAGAUGAGUCCAGCCUGCCCACAGACUCGUCCCCCUCGCAACCGCCAACGGAGGAGGAGCCGGAGGACGGGGACUUCGGCAAUGCCGCGCACCUCGGUAUAUACCAGCACGCAAUUGGACACCCGGGCCAGGAGACGCUGCGCCUGCGGCGUGCGUGCGUGGUGGUGGGCGGGGACAACAUGGCCCUCCCCGCCAGUCUGGUCAGUCAGAUCGGUUAUCGAUGCCACUCGGCGCUUUACGUGGAGGGAGAACCCGGACGCAAGCUGGAACUGGUGGCAGGUUCGGGCGUGUUCAUGUCACGAGGUCAACUGAUGAACUGUCACCUUUGUGCGGGGGUCAAACACAAAGUUCUGCUCAGGAGGCUGCUGGCGACCUUCUUUGACAGAAACACUCUGGCCAACAGCUGCGGGACCGGGAUCCGCUCCUCCACCAACGACCCGAGCCGGAAGCCGCUGGACAACCGAGUGUUGAACGCCGUCAAACUGUACUGCCAGAACUUUGCUCCGAGCUUCAAGGAGAGCGAGAUGAAUGUGAUCGCGGCCGACAUGUGCACCAACGCUCGCAGAGUUCGAAAGCGAUGGCUGCCCAAGAUCCAAUCGCUGCUGCCCCGCGACGACGGCAAGGUCGGCAGGGGGGCCGCGGGGCGGUCGGCGGGGGACGGUGCCGCCCCCUACCUUUGCCUGGAGGUGCCACAACAUCAGGACCAGCACCACCGCCUCCUUAUGUGCACCGCGUCCUCUUCGCCGCACCCCCAGGACACUGACCUCAAGGGGGCGGAGCCUGACGACACCCAAUAAGCUUUGGACCGGACGUCCAACUUCCUGUCCAUCCCCUGUCUGCCUGUUAUCCUACCUCAAAAUGUCUCGAAUUGACUGCGCCCCGCCUCGCUUCCCGUCUGCCGCCCGCCUCGCUUCCCGUGUUCUGCCUCCCUCGUUUCCUGUCUUCUGCCCGCCUCGCUUCCUGUCUGCUGCCGACAUCACUUCCCGUCUGCUACCCGCCUCGCUUCCCGUCUGUUGCCUACCUCGUUUCCUGUCUGCUGCUUGCCUCACUUCCCGUCUGUUGCCUACCUCGUUUCCCGUCUGCUGCCUGCUUCACUUCCCGUCUGCUGCCUGCUUCGCUUCCCGUCUGCCGCCCGCCUCGCUUCCCGUGUUCUGCCUCCCUCGUUUCCUGUCUUCUGCCCGCCUCGCUUCCUGUCUGCUGCCGACAUCACUUCCCGUCUGCUACCCGCCUCGCUUCCCGUCUGUUGCCAACCUCGUUUCCUGUCUGCUGCUUGCCUCACUUCCCGUCUGCCGCCCGCCUCGCUUCCCGUGUUCUGCCUCCCUCGUUUCCUGUCUUCUGCCCGCCUCGCUUCCUGUCUGCUCCCUACCUCGUUUCCUGUCUGCUGCUUGCCUCACUUCCCGUCUGCUGCCCGCUUCACUUCCCGUCUGCUGCCUGCUUCACUUCCCGUCUGCUACCCGCCUCGCUUCCCGUCUGCUGCCCGCCUCGCUUCCCGUCUGCUGCCCGCCUCGCUUCCCGUCCGUCCCCAACUCCGCCGCCCUUCCGCUCAGCCUCUCUGUCGCAUGUUUCCGGCUUCCGGGACUGCUGAUGAUGAUGAAGUCAAUAAAGCUAAUUGAAAAUCUGA